AUGGAGGUUAAAUCUCACACCAAGAACAACAACAAUGAGAAAGAGUCCUCUUUUGAAGUGGACGGUGUCCAGCCUACCCCGAGCCCAAUCCGUAAAAUGAUUGCCGUAGCGUCCAUCGCUACUGGCGUUCAGUUCGGAUGGGCUCUUCAGCUCUCCCUUUUGACGCCAUACUCGCAAACUCUCGGAGUUCCGCAUGUAUGGUCGUCUUUCAUCUGGCUCUGUGGCCCAAUCUCUGGACUUUUAGUCCAGCCUAUAGUAGGUUACUAUAGUGACCGGAGCACUUCCCGCUUCGGUCGCAGACGUCCCUUUAUCUUAAGUGGAGCCUUAGCCGUGGCUGUAUCGGUUUUCCUCAUUGGUUACGCGGCUGACCUUGGUCACUCCAUGGGUGACGACUUGUCUAAAAAAACACGACCAAGGGCCGUGGCUAUCUUCGUCGUUGGCUUCUGGAUCCUCGAUGUUGCCAACAACAUGCUCCAGGGGCCGUGUCGCGCUUUUCUGGCCGACCUCGCAGCAGGGGACGAGAAAAAGACAAGAACAGCAAUGAGUUUCUUCUCUUUCUUCAUGGCCGUCGGUAGUAUCCUAGGAUACGCUGCGGGUUCCUUCGGGAAACUCCACAAAAUCUUCCCUUUUACAGAAACAGUAGCAUGUAAUGUCUUCUGCCAAAAUCUUAAGAGUUGUUUCUUUUUCUCCAUCAUCCUCUUAAUCUUCCUCGCCAGCUUCGCUCUCAUAUAUGUCAAGGAAACACCCAAGACGAAGCUAGAGUUGAACGACGACGACAAACAGGUUUCUUGUUUCGGGGAGCUGUUCCAUGCAUUGAAGGAAUUGAAGAGACCAAUGUGGAUAUUGAUGUUAGUAACCGCCGUGAACUGGAUCGCGUGGUUCCCGUUCUUCUUAUUCGACACCGACUGGAUGGGCCAUGAAGUGUAUGGAGGAGCUCCAGGAGAGAAAGCAUAUGACACUGGUGUAAGAGUUGGUUCAUUAGGACUCAUGCUUAAUUCUAUUGUUCUUGGGUUAAUGUCUCUGGCUGUGGAGCCACUGGGGAGAUUGGUUGGAGGAAUCAAGAGACUUUGGGGUAUAGUUAAUUUCAUUCUAGCUAUUUGUUUGGCAAUGACUGUCCUCAUCACAAAAGUCGCUGAGCAUGAUCGUCAUAUCACUGGCGGUGCCACAGUCGGACAUCCUUCCGACGGUGUCAAAGCCGGUGCCAUGAUCUUCUUCGCAGUUCUUGGAAUCCCUUUAGCAAUUACUUUCAGUGUUCCUUUUGCUCUAGCAUCAAUAUACUCUAGUGCUUCAGGGGCUGGACAAGGUUUAUCUCUGGGAGUCUUGAAUCUUGCAAUUGUGAUACCACAGAUGUUGGUGUCAGCACUAAAUGGACCAUGGGAUGCUCUAUUUGGUGGUGGUAAUUUGCCGGCGUUUGUGGUGGGUGCGGUGGCGGCCGCCGUCAGUGCUAUAUUGGCGAUAGUGUUGCUGCCGUCGGUGAAACCAGAUGAUGAGGCCAAGAUUAAACUUGCUGCUGGGGGUUUUCAUUAG